GUCCGGUCUGUGCCGCCUCCUACUCGCGUACCUGUUCCCGGCCCUCCUGCUUCACGGGCUGGGAGAGGGUUCUGCCCUCCUUCAUCCAGAUAGCAGAUCCCAUCCCAGGUCCUUAGAGAAAAGUGCCUGGAGGGCUUUCAAGGAAUCCCAGUGCCAUCACAUGCUCAAACAUCUUCACAAUGGUGCGAGGAUCACUGUGCAGAUGCCACCAGCAAUCGAGGGCCACUGGGUGUCCACCGGCUGUGAAGUGAGGUCGGGCCCAGAGUUCAUCACAAGGUCCUACAGAUUCUACCACAAUAACACCUUCAAGGCCUACCAGUUCUAUUAUGGCGGCAACCGGUGCACCAGCCCCACCUACACCCUCGUCAUCCGGGGUAAGGUCCGCCUGCGCCAGGCCUCCUGGAUCAUCCGCGGGGGCACCGAGGCCGACUACCAGCUGCACAACGUGCAGGUUGUCUGCCACACAGAGGCUGUUGCCGAGAGGCUCAGCCAGCUGGUGAACCGCACAUGCCCGGGCUUCGUGCCCACUGGGGGCCCCUGGGUGCAGGAUGUGGCCUACGACCUGUGGCGGGAAGAGAAUGGCUGCGAGUGCACCAAGGCCGUGAACUUCGCCAUGCACGAGCUGCAGCUCAUCCGUGUGGAGAAGCAGUACCUCCAGCACAACCUGGACCGUCUGGUGGAGGAGCUUUUCCUCGGGGACAUCCACACUGAUGCCUCGCAGAGGAUGUUCUACCGGCCAUCCAGUUAUCAGCCCCCUCUGCAGAAUGCCAAGAACCACGACCAUGCCUGCAUCGCCUGCCGCAUCAUCCACAGGUCAGAUGAGCACCGCCCGCCCCUCCUGCCCCCCAAGGCUGACCUGACCGUCGGCCUGCACGGCGAGUGGGUGAGCCAGCGCUGCGAGGUGCGGCCCGAGGUCCUCUUCCUCACGCGCCACUUCAUCUUCCAUGACAACAAUAACACCUGGGAAGGGCAUUACUACCACUACUCUGACCCUGUCUGCAAGCACCCCACCUUCACCAUCUAUGCCAAGGGCCGCUACAGCCGGGGGGUGCACUCCUCCAGGGUCAUGGGAGGAAUGGAGUUUGUGUUCAAAGUGAACCACAUGAAGGUCACCCCCAUGGACGCGGCCACUGCCUCACUCCUCAACGUCUUCAAUGGGAACGAGUGUGGGGCCGAGGGCUCCUGGCAGGUGGGCGUCCAGCAGGACGUGACACACACCAAUGGCUGCGUGGCGCUGGGGAUCAAACUACCUCACACCGAAUACGAGAUCUUCAAAAUGGAGCAGGACGCCCACGGCCGCUAUCUGCUGUUCAACGGCCAGAGGCCCAGCGAUGGGUCCAGUCCAGACAGGCCCGAGAAGAGAGCCACCUCCUACCAGAUGCCCUUAGUCCAGUGUGCGUCCUCUGCGCCCAGAGCCGAGGACUUCUCCGAGGACCGCCGGGGUCACCAGUAUGGGAGCUGGGCGCCCGGGAGGAGCGCUUGUCCCCUGCUCCUUGCUGUGCUCGCCGGCCUUUUGACUCUACCGCACUGGAAUGUCCUCAGAUAGAAGUUUUUAAAAAGCUAUAUUUUUCCAAACCAGGAUUCCUUACAAUUGACAGAUUUUCUUUACAAAAAAAGGGCGCUGCUUCUUGUGAUGCACUCGAAUGCCCCAGAACUGUGGCUCCUUUUCUGCUGCCUAGCCCCCUCCCGCCCGGCCUGAGUCCUGAGCAGUGCGCUGUUUGAAGUUUCUGCUUUGAACUCUGGCCAGUGGGAUCCCAGGCCAGGGCGCCUUCUCGAGAGUAAUUGCACUUUAAGACCGCAGAGAGUGGCGGGCUAGUGUGUUUGGUAGAGGAGCAGGGUGACAGCUAAGUCCUCUUCUUUUCUUCCUCAUAAUUAUUAUUCUAUUUCUGAGUUACACUUAGACGGAUAUCAAGCUCCAGCUUUUCCUGCCACUGUACUGCUUACUGUCCUCCCCUGAAACCGUGUUACGACCUGGAAUCCAGUGCAGAGUUGGUUUGGGACGGCAAUCAAGAUACCUGUUAUUAAUAAAGAAGAGACUUGAGUGUAGAUAUGUAUAUAGGGAAAGACACCGGGUUUAGCUUAACCAUCCUGACAGCCUUAAUGCAAAAAAA